AUGGAAUGGACUUUUCUUGAACAAGUUCUUAUCGGCUUGAAUUUUCCUCAGAAAUUCAUUACUUGGAUUAUGGUAUGUGUCAAGACUGUCUCAUAUUCCAUCACAAUAAAUGGUACUCCUACUGCCCCUUUUAAAGCAAAUAAAGGUGUUCGACAAGGAGAUCCCAUGUCACCGUUUUUGUUUGUUCUUGCCAUGGAAUACCUUAAUAGGUUGUUGAAGACUCUAACAAACAAGAAUGGCUUCAAACACCACCCUAGGUGUGCGAAGUUAGGCAUCAUUCAAAUUGGAUUUGCAGACGACCUCUUACUGUUUAGUAAGGGCGAUACUAGAUCAGUCUCACUACUUUUUGAUUGUUUCAAGCUGUUUUCUGAUGCCUCAGGCCUCAUAGCUAAUUCGGGGAAAAGUUCUAUAUAUUUUGGUGGUGUGCCUGAAGAGGUUCAGCAGGAGAUACUCUAUAUACUAGGCUUCUCGGUUGGUACUAUGCCAUUUAGAUACCUAGGUGUGCCCCUUAGUUCUAAAAGACUCUCCGUCAUGCAGUGCCAACCUCUCAUGGAUAAAUUGUUAGGUAGAAUCACAACUUGGACUGCCAGGUUUCUCUCUUAUGCUGGCAGGCUUCAGCUAAUUAAAAGUGUAUUGGUGGCUAUUCAGUCAUUUUGGUCUCAAAUCUUCAUUCUACCAAAGAAAGGCUGCAUACUUAAACACUACUGGAACUUAUGCCUCAAAAAAGACAAGCUUUGGAUUAAGUGGGUGCAUAUUUACUAUGUAAAAGAUAGACCAGUUUUGGAAACAGAGGCUAAACAAUCAUCUUGGAUGAUUAACAAGAUUAUCAAGGCCGGGAAGUAUCUAAUAGAAGCAGGUAUGACCCCUGACACCUUGCUGCAUACACCCACAUACUCCAUGCGGCACACAUACAACAUGCUAAGGUUAGUCUUACCAAAGGUUUGGUGGCGGAAAAUGACAUGCAACAAUGCUGGCUGUCCUAGAUGGGUAUUUGUGCUCUAUCUCAUAAUUCAAGGCAAGCUUUAUACUAGGGAUAGAUUGAUAAAAUGGGGCAUGAUCAACGACCAAACCUGUCCAAUAUGCGAAGCUACGGAGGAAUCAAUUCAGCACCUCUUCUUUGAAUGUCCUACCUCUUCUUAUAUCUGGUGCAAAAUUCUUAAAUGGCAAGGAUAUACUAGACAGGCAAUGAGCUGGCAUAAUGAGCUGCAAUGGGCUGUGAACUUUGCUGCAAACAAGGGCUCUAAGGCAGAGGUAUAUAGGAUGGCGUUGGCAGCCACAGUCUACUACAUUUGGCAGCUCAGAAAUAAGAAAGUCUUUCAGAAUCCAUCCAGGACUGGUGAUCAAGUUGUGAGGCUAAUUAUACAGGAUGUUCUCUGUCGAGCAAAUACCUUUCCUAGGCUGGCUAGAAUGAUGGUCACUCUCAAUUUUUAUCCCUAG